UAAGGUGGCUGAGCUGGUGUCUCAGCUUCUUAUUCCUCAGGCAGUGUAGGGCACGCGACACAUAACAAAUAACGUGAUUUUAUAUGUGCGGGGGGCGGGGGGCUCCUGCAGGUGUUCCGGUGAAGCAGCAGCAGCAGCAGCAGCAGCAGCGUGUCCCGCAUGGUCAGGAUUUAACCCGCACGUCUCUCACUGACGGAGCUGCGGAGCGGAGCCAGCCUCCCUCACAGAGGAGAAGAGGAGGAGGAGGAGGAGAAGAGGAGGAGGAGGAGGAGAGGAGGAGGAGGAGGAUGUUUUGUUUUGUUCUUUCUUCCACGAGUGCUGAACUUCCUCGCGGUACCUCCACCUGGUAAAGGUGUUUAACGGGGUUUGGGUACCAGUUUGGAGCGGGUCUCCGCCCCCCGGCGGGUGCUUUGAAGCCGCGGCGGGGUUCUGAGCAGCUCUCCUCCGCUGGCUGCCGCCGCCACACCGCGCUGACUGCACCGGACCUCAGCUCGGGACCGACUCUGGGUCAGUAGGUGGACCGUCAGGUGUGGGUAACACACUGGACAUUGACCUUGCAGAGUCAACAUCUGAGCAGUGCGUUAAACCCUGACCAAUAAACUUCACGCUGACAGAACCGCAAAGGGAAUAUACACUUCGAUGAUUUCUUGUCUUCAAAGAGACUCCAUUGAUGGUUUUGAUAAAGAGGAUUUUUAGCACCGAGUCCUCAGCUGUCUGAAGAGGACACCAGAGUACCAUGUGGGCUGUUUUUUUCUCACAUCCUCGAAACUCGAGAAUUGUGCUGCUGUAUCUGUUUGCUUCAAUCUCCAAGUCUCAUACCAACUGAUUUCCACUGCUGACAACAUGUCUCUGGUCAAACGUAGAAAAGUCAGGACCUUUGCUCUCCUUUUUUGUGGCAUUACCUUUACAACGCUCCUGUUUAGUUACACUUUCAGGGACCCCUCGCUCUACAUUUUCAAACAGGCAUUUCAGCUUUCAGACAGCUUUUUCUCCAAAGGGCCAUGUGCUUGUCGGCAGUGCAUUACAGACCUCGAAGGAGACCCGUGGUUCGCUGAACGCUUCAAUCAGUCCAUCAGCCCUCUGAUGACCAGAGAGAACAGCAUCCUCUCUGAAGAGACGUUUAGGUGGUGGCAGUGGUUGCAGGCAGAGAGGCAGCCGGCCAAUUUCAGCGAAGUGGUGGAGGAGCUGUUCAACGUCAUCCCUGAUGAGGUGCUUUACGCCGACGCCAGCCCCGACCGCUGCAGAUCCUGCGCCGUAGUGGGGAACUCUGGGAACCUGAAGGGGUCACGGUACGGGAGCCUCAUCGACUCCAGUGAUUUCAUCAUAAGAAUGAACCAGGCUCCACGAAGUGGCUUUGAGGAGGAUGUAGGAACCAAAACAACUCAUCAUCUCAUGUAUCCAGAAAGUGCCAUAGACUUGGACAAUACCACUCGUCUAGUGCUAAUCCCUUUCAAGACUCUGGACCUGCAGUGGAUUGUUAGUGCUCUGACUACUGGCACCAUUAAACAAACAUAUUUGCCUGUCAUGACUACGAUAAAGGCCAACAAAAAUAAGGUGUUGAUUUACAAUCCAACAUUUUUGAAGUAUGUCUAUGAGUCUUGGCUUGAAAGUCAUGGACGAUACCCUUCAACCGGCUUCCUCAGCUUGCUGUUUGCCAUCCACAUAUGUGAUGAGGUCAAUGUGUUUGGAUUUGGCGCAGACCAGUAUGGAAACUGGCAUCACUACUGGGAGGAAAACCAUUUGGCCGGAGCUUUCCGACACACCGGCGUCCACGACGGAGAUUAUGAAUACAACGUCACCUUGCUGCUAGCAGACAAGCACAAAAUCCAAAUGUUUAAGGGGAGAUGAUACCAAACGUGGACCAACCACCACAUAAACAUCAGCAUCAACCUUUGACAGCUUUCCUCCUUUUAUGAUGUCCACAAACUGCUUUAGCUAUUUUAUUUAGACCAGUUUCCUGUUAUUUGCAGAAGCUGCUGUUUCCCGUUAAAGCUUUGGCCUUAGUAGGACACUUCGGUGACGAGGCAAAAGCACCACUGCUUCAUUUCACAAUCUAUAAUCCAAAAAUGUCUGUCAGCAAGCAUGCUAUAUAAAAGUUUUAAUACUAAUACAAGCUUUAUAUGUUUAAA